AUGGUUGUCAAGACCAAAUUCCAUCUAGAAGCGACAAAGAUAAUUAUCAAGCAGCGAAAAAAGCACUUCAGGUGUCCAGACUGGUCAACAGACGACACCAGGAUGGUUAAGGAAUCCGCAGGGGUGAGGUACUGGAAAUUGAGCGGUGAAAGGUUGAGCGAGAAAAAGCACAACAACGCAGUGCCCAAAACGCGAAAUGAAGAGUUAAGCGUCCAUUAUCGGAGGAAUACGCGAAUAGAGAGAAAGCGAAUAGAUGCACGAACAUUUGGUAUGCCAAACGUCUUGAGAUUGAUGGAGAGUGCGCGGGUUGUGAGUAAUGAUGCAGAGAUAAUAGAAGAACAAGGGAAUGAAAUCAGCGGAGGUGAGACAGUGACGGGACAGGGUGGAAGUCAGAGGCGAGGACCUGAGCGGUAUGCAGAUGACGAGGACUAUUGCGAAGAUAGCUAG